GUUUGGCGCCAGCAGAUUUCGCGGGACUCAGCAGAACAAGAGGCUGAAACCCCAGACCCUCCGCCGCUACAUCCACCACCCCUACGGCCAGGACUGUCCCGCGGUGCCGCUGCAGCGAGCCGCCGUUCCCCGGGCUGCGGUGUGGUUGUCCCGGCUGGAUGCGGGCUCUCUGUCCCGCCUGACGAGGAGGUGAGGCCUCGAGGAGGUGAGUAAUAAUGAUGGCGACGACUGGGCCUCUCAGCACCAACAGCUUCCUGCCUCUGUUGGAGUCUCUGGAGGACAGCGGUGCCGGGCCGGCGGAGCAGACGGACGCCUACCUCACCAUCGCCAACCGGCUCAGCGGGGAGGAAGGCCGCCAGUUUCUGCCUGCCGUUGAAAAGCACUUUUCUCGUUUUGGUAAAGCCAUCUUGGCUCACAUAGCCAGUCCAAAUGCAGACCUCAGCCAAGCUGCCUUACAAGCCCUUGGGUUUUGUGUGUACCAUUCUCAAGUCGUUGCUGGAGUUUCUGACAUCUUGGCAGCAGAAAUACUGUCAGCACUUUGUUCCCUGGUGAUGAAGUCCACCGACAAGAACACCUGCACUAGAGCAUUAUGGGUCAUCUCCAAGCAGAGCUUCCCUACAGACGUAGUCACCAAAAAAGUACCGGCGGUGCUGACCUGUCUGGAGAGCGUGUGGAGCCGACAGGACAUCCAGUCUGUGGUGAUGGAGCACGAAGCCUUGAACGUUAUCAUCAGGAUGCUGGAGCAGGUGACGACCCCGAUGGGCGACGCGGCGGUGCAGUGGGCCAAGCUGGUCAUCCCGCUGGUGGUGCACUCGGCCUCCAAGGUGCGUCUGCGGGCGGCUGCUGCCAUGGAGAUGGGCAUGCCGCUGUUGCUCAGCAAACAGAUGGAGGUGGCGGCUGUCAUCGAGCCCAUCAUGUCCUCGAAACUGAUCCCAGAACUACAGAAGCUCUUCAUGUCCAAGAACGAAACCAACGUCCUGAAACUCUGGCCUUUAUUUGUCAAGCUGCUGGGGAAGCUGCUGCACAGAGGCGGCCCCUUCAUCAACUCUCUGCUGCACCUGGAGGAACUGGGUUUCCGCAGCUCCUCCCCCACCAUCAAGAAGAUCGCCUUCAUCGCCUGGAAGAGCCUCAUCGAUAACUUCGCCCUGAACCCGGACAUCCUGAGUAGCGCCAAACGUAUGAAGCUCCUGAUGCAGCCGCUGGCAUCCAUCCACGUCAGGACAGAAGCUCUGAUGCUCACCAAGGUGGAGGUGUGGUGGUACCUGGUGGUGCAGCUGGGAUCCAACCUGUCGCCCAACUUCGACCAGGUGUCUCUACCUCUGCUCCAGUCCACCAUCGGGUCCGACUCCUCGUCCGUUCCCGGCACUCCUUCCCGAUCCGUCACCCAAAACGGAGCGGUGGCACCCAGCACCCCAAAGACGGGCACCAGUUUUAACGCCUCGGCCUCCACGCCCCGGAUGAGUCUGAACUCCAGCCUGCACGUUUCCUCCACCUUCCCCUCCAUCCAGCUGCUGGGCCUGGAGAUGGUGCUGCACUACGUCCUGGGCCCGGAGGUCGUCGUCACGGCAGCCAAGAACAAGGUCACCCUGAGUCUGGAGCCCCUGAAGCAGCCCCUCCUCACCAGCGCUCCAUCCUUCAGCAAGCACGCCGCGGUGCUCAUCUCCAACGUCAGAGACGGCUUCAUCAACGUCGGCAAAGAUGCUCCAGAGUCUCUGUUGACCGUCAUCUGGACAAGUCUCAUCCGCUUUGUCAACCUGACCAUCGACUCUGUCGGCAGUAAAAAGGAGCGCCAGGGCUGCGAGGCGCUGACGCUGCUGCUCCAGGCGCUGCAGAGCAUCGUCGCCUCGGAGGCUCUUCCUACACACAGAGUUCUGAUCCUGUUCGAGGCCACAGUGAAGAAGAUUCCUCCGAGAGUUCUUGGCUCCGCGUCCUAUCAAGUCGGGAAGAUGGACGUGCUGAAUGGAACGCCGGCCCUGUUCCUCAUCCUGCUGCUCUUCAACAGCAGCAUGCUGCCGGUCUUCACUGAAGACGAGAGGUUCUUCCACUGCCUGCAGAUGCUGGUGGGCUGCGGCCUGUCAGGCCCCGCCUCCCCGCUGGCGUUCGCCGAGGCGGUGCUCGGCGCCGUCAGCCGCAGCGCGGGGAUUCUGCAGAACAAGGAGCGGCUGUGGAGGAUGUGGAGCGUGAUGGUCGCCCCGCUCACCGACAGCGUCACGCAGUCCAACGAAGUGAACCAAGGAGACGCUCUGGAGCACAACUUCAGCGCUAUGUAUUCAGCGUUUAUGUUCCCCGUCACACACCUCCUCCGUGGCUCUGAGCUCCCGCAGGUGACCCAGAAGUCCAUGCUGUCCUCUUGGUCCAAGCUGUACAAGGUGUUCGCUCGUUGCUCCGCCCUGGUGGUCACGGCCGAGGAGAACCUCUGCUGCGAGGAGCUCUGCGUGAAGAUAGCGGCGGCGGUCGACAAGGACGCAUUGGCGGUCCCGUCAAUGCUGAACGCCGUCUCCAGCUUCCUGCAGGUGAUGGUGGAGUGCGUGGACUUCUCUCCGUUCACGCCGCACUUCCAACAGAAGCCGAAGUCUCCUCACACUCCUGGGAGCUGGACACGGAAGCCCAACAAGGUUCUGGGGAACCUGUCCACGCUGCAGUCCCUGCUGGUGCAGUGUCUGCAGGUGUACGUGGCUGCCCCCGAGGACCACUCGGAGGGGACGGGCUCCGCCCUGGUCUCCAUCCAGUCCACGCUGUUCACCAGCCUGGCCCUCACCGACGCGGUGCAGGAGGCCCUGAGCUCUCUGGUCCAGCCUCUCGCGCUGCUCUGCAAGCAGGCCGCCGGCCAGUCUCCCAAGUUCACCUUGCAUCUUCUGGGGAAGCUGGAGAAGCUUCUCGGCGAGAUUCUCAGCUGCCUGCAGACGCGCUCCGCCUCGGCUUACGACGACGAGCUGCUGGCUCUAGUGUCGCCCCUGCUGUGUGUGGCGUUUCCCCACAAGAGCAAGAUGCUGCGCGCCUCGACCGCGCAGUUCUGGAACGCCACCUUCGGCAACGCCGUCAGCCUGACGUACCCGGAGCUGCUGAGGCCGGUGCUGAGCCAGGUGAAGCACAAGAUCCCCAUCCUCCUUCCCGGCUUCCAGGUGGUCAGCGGCCCCCAUGACUCCAGUGAGAUGGACUCGAGCGAGAGUUCCCAGCUGGAGACCAAGCUCAGUGGGAUGCCCGUCUCGUCUGCCGGGAAGAGAGACUCGCUGCUGGGAAAAGCUGCUGAGCUCAUCGACAAGAACUCCACGAGGUCCCCCAGGCCGGUUUCUACAAAGCUGGACUUCAGCUCCCCCAAACCCCUCCGCAGGGAGGUUCUGGAGGAAGAAGCCUCCAUCGACUUUGUCUUCAUCCCUCCUGAGGCGAAGGAGCGUGUCCUGACCGAGCACCAGAAAGAGGUCAAGAGAACCAAAAGGGUGGACAUUCCUGCCAUGUACAACAACCUGGACGCUUCUCUGGACACGACUGUGUUCAGCCAGUACACACAGAGUCAAGAGGACUCGUCGGAGAAAACACAGACAGAACAAGCCGCCGGUGUUGCUGAAGAGGUUAAUCAGAAAGAGGAGGGAAUGGACAAAGAUGCCGACGUUCUCGACAAGGAGACACAAGACUUUGCCAGCCCUAAAGAAGAAGUGACAGUAAUCAGCCCCCCGGAGAACGUCACCUCCAACUCAGCCGAUGCUUCUGUGGAGGAUCAUAAAAACAGUGCGGCGAAAGCAGAAGACGUGGACACGGAGGCCAAAGACGACACGAGUCCCAACACCUCCAACGCUUCGGAUUUGGUUUCCGGGACUCCCCAGAAACACAACAGCCGGCGCCAGUCGUUCAUCACUCUGGAGAAGUACACGGAGGCGAAGCCCGCCAGCCCCAGCGGUGCGUUCACUGGUCCUCUGGCAAAGACCUCCGACAGUCAGAAGAACUCCAGCACCGUUAAGACGUCCUCCCCUGAGGCCGCCUUGACGUCGGCGGGUUCGAACUCGCAGGAAUCCGCUCAGACAGGACAGACGAUCCCUGCCAGCGACGCCCCAGACUCCCCUCGGAGGCCUCGAGACUCCAGGUCCAACGGGGAGCCUGUGAGGCUGAUAGAGAGGCUAUCAAACGACUCGACGGAGGAGGACGAGGACGCUAUCCCCGACACGCAGACCGAAAUGGAGAGCAACGUGGACGAGGAGGAGGAGGACAUGAAGUCCUCGAGCCAGGAGGAGGAAUCUGAGUCGAUGCUGGAUGAUUCUCAGUCCUCCCUAAUCCAGACGGCUCCAGAUGAAGUGCGGCGGUCUGGCCGCCCGAGACUCCGACCGCAGCUCCCUGGGGAGGACCCCGAAGAGCGGGAGGCCAAGUACACCCACUUAAAACGGAGACACUCUGGAGAAGACGGCAAGGCUGAGUCGCUGAAGACGACGGAGGCCGGCAUGAGCACGAGGAGCAAGCAGGCCACUGAGGGGAACAGGCUGCGGACCAGGUCUCAGGGAAGCCUGAACGAGUCCGGCCAGAAAAGACCGGUGGGCAGGCCGCGCAAGAAGGUCCGGCUCUACAGCAGCUCGGAGGGACUCCUCCUCGAGAGCAGUCGGAGGAGCGGCAGUGACCUGGAGUCCAGCCAGACCGACGUCAGGUCAGACACGGGCUCCGAUCACGACAGCCAGUCGUCCGUCCGGAGGCGCGGCCGCUUAAAGAAGCCAUCCCUGACCAGCGAGACGCCCGCAACAAGCACGGAGGAAAUCAGCCGAACUGUCGGGGACGACUCUGCAGCUCUGGUCGACAAAGAGGAGCAGCCAGAACCGGACGCUCAGACUGUAGUGGCUCCCCCACAAACGGACAGCAAGCUGGAAGAGGUUCAGCCUCAAGAGAAGCACGGGAAAGAUGAUGAGGAGCUUCAGGAAGACUCUGAAAUUGCAGCGUCGCCUUCGUCUCAAACUGAAUCCCUAGAAAAGGAAGAUUUUCCGAUGGUCACAUCUACUCCAGCUGACAUUAGUAAAGAUCAAGCGACGCCCAAGCUGGAGGCGAUCGGAGAUCCCAACCCAGCCGCAGACACGAUGGAUGAAAACCUCAGCCAAGACGACUCUCAGAACCUCAGCCAAGACGACUCUCAAACCACGCCUCUGUCUUCUGACGGCCGGACCAAACGGAGGUCCAGAAGAGUCAAGGCGUCAUCUGAAGAGUCUCAGGACAAAGACGGCAACGCAGAGUCUACAGGACCACGGAGGAGGUCUCAGGCUUCGACCCCCGUCGCUCUUCCGGAGGCUGGAACCAGAGGCAGACUCAGGAAGAGCAAGCUGCAAGACGAGACGCCAAAGUCUAGAUCAACCCCCAACAAUUCUCAGUCGCUAGAUGAGUCUGAAUCCUCCCAAGGCCGGGGCAGGUACUCGCGACGGAGGUCGCAACAAACGGACGGCAUCGAGUCUUCAGAGUUGGAAAACUCUGAGUUCCAGGAUAAGUUGCCCCCUACUAAAAGGCGAGGGAGGAAGCCCCGGGCGUCUCUGCAGAGUCCCCCUGCCCCCGAGUCUCAGGAGCGGCGGGCCGAUGAGGAAAAGCUCGACGGUUCUCAGACGGUCGACAUCCAGGGUUCGGAACCGAAACCAGACACGGAGGAGCCAUCGGAGACUCAAGGUCUGCAGGAAUCGCAGCAGGUUGCAGGAAACGUUGAAGAGCAAGGAAAGGACGGAUCGCCAAUGGAGACGGAGACCCGUACCGACGCAACCUUGGAAACCGUUAGCGAUGACACUAAGGAGAUCGAUGGCGCCGACGCGAACGAAAGCGCAGAGUCGCCCUGCAAGCAAACGGAUGAUGAAAAUGUUUCCUCGCAAGGCGCGGAAGUGCUAGACUCCGUUGAGCCGGACGACCAACAAAUCCUGGAGCCGCGUUUGUCGGCUGGCGAGGCUCUGGCAUCCCCCAGCAAGGCCCUGGCGUCCCCCAGCAAGGCCCUGGCGUCCCCCAGCAAGGCCCUGGCGUCCCCCGCCGAAGGCCUGGCGUCCCCCAGCAAGGCCCUGGCGUCCCCCAGCAAGGCCCUGGCGUCCCCCAGCAAGGCCCUGGCGUCCCCCAGCAAGGCCCUGGCGUCCCCCGCCGAAGGCCUGGCGUCCCCCAGCAAGGCCCUGGCGUCCCCCGCUGACGCUCUGACUUCCCCCAGAGGGGAGAUAGAGGAACCGCACAUCUCCGAGGUGUCUGAAAACCAAGCGUCCGGCGCUGCAGAGGCGGAUGCUGAAGAGCAGGCGUCAGGACCAGAUCCAGAGCACCAAAACCCCUCAAAUGUCCCAGAGGAGAACGCAGCCCAAGAGGAGGAGCCACAGAAGCAGAUACCAAGUGCAGGUUUUACCGAGGAGGAGGAACGACCCGCCUCGGCCCGGGUCCCAGAGGCCAGCGCCGAGGCGGAUGUCGCUCCUCUGCAGGAGGACGACGAAGACGGUAAAACCAUGGCGACGGCCGAGGCUACUUGCAAGGACCAGUUGGGCGAGUCGUGGUCCACACCCGCGGCCCAGGACUCUCCAGUGAAGCAGACGGGCCUGGAGACGCCAACGGGGCCGGAUGUUGGUGAAAGCCCGAGUGAUGGCCGGUCCCGAGGAACCUGGUCUCCCUCAGCCUCACCGUCCACCAGCAUCCUGAAGAAGGGCCAGAAGAGGCCGCUGGAGGUGGAGACCAUAUCGCCUCUCGUCAAGUCCCGGCGCGUGUCUUUCGCCAAUCCAAUCCACCACCAGGAGACGGCGGACGACAUCGACCGCCGGAGCCCGGCUGUCAGGACCAGCUCUCCCAGGAGGUCCAAAGGCGGCAGCAUCCCUCAGCUGAAGCUCAUCACGACUCCUCCGACGAAGGGCCUGCUGAAUCUGAGUCCCAGACAUCUGCACAGUCCAGGCUACAGGAGCUCCAAGAAGUGUCUGAUUUCUGAAAUGGGUCAGGAGCCCCGGGCCGUCUCCAGGGACUGCGUCUACCCCGCCCUGGUCGGCUGCUCGGCGCCCGUGGAGGCCGUGCUGCCUCAGAUCUCCUCCACCAUGUGGUCUCGGGGGUUCGGGAAGCUCGUCCGGGCUAGAAACAUCAAAACGGUCGGCGACCUCAGCGCUCUGACUCCCAGCGAAAUCAAGACACUCCCCAUCCGCUCCCCAAAGGUUCCCAACGUCCGGAAGGCCCUGAAGGCCUACGAGCAGCAGCGUAAAGGGCGAGGAGGAGACGAGCUGAAGAGCUUCGAUGAAACGGAGAUGAUGACCUCUGAGCUGGACGAGCCUGAGCUUCCUCCCAACCUGGACGAGGAGGAGAAGCCCUCGGGAGAGGUGCAUGCUGCGGCGCUGGAGGACGAACCGCCGUCUGCAGAUGUGAAGCCCGACCAGGACGCGUCGGAGGUCGGGCCUCCAGACGGGCUGGACGGAGACGGCAGCAGACUCCAGGAGGAGCCGCAGCGCGAGGAUCUGCCGUCGGCGCUGGAGGCUCUGACCUGCCGCGUGACGCCGCUGGAACUCCGGCGCUGCUCGCCGCAGCAGCUGGGGGAGAUGCACGCGCAGCUGGGCGGAGCCAUGGGCCGCGUGGUGGAGGAGCUGCAGGCGCGUCUCUGCGGCGCCGAGCUCAAACACUGAUCGUACCUCAGACGGACCUGUCGACUAGGACUCUUCAGAGCCGCCGCGUUUUUAUCCCCGUGCCGCUGCACGUGUUUGUGGUUUUAACUGUGGAUGUGUCGGACUUUCCUCCGCGGCUCCUUUUCCCCCUUUUUUUUUUAACCGGAACCAUUGCGCAGAGGGCCGUUUUUAAAAACUCUCAAAGGGAAGCACAGUCACACCUUCACGCAGCAGCAGGACUUUUAAAGCGUCGUCUCCACACGAGUGCCAUGUUUUUUUUUUCUUUCUUCCACCUCCCGAGGAGUGACGGAAUCACACGUCCACCCUUUCCCCAUGUCUGUACAUACGCACCACUUUCAGUCCUGCGCCUGUUUAAGGCUGUUUACAGCGCAUCAGUGUUUUUGUAUAUUUGUAGUAUUUCUUAGUUGCAAACACCUUUUACAUCCAAAUGAAAUGUCCUAUUGCAUUUGUAUUGUUGUGAACAGACUGGUUUGGUCUGCACUGCAGCCUUUUUCUGGUUUUAAAUACUUAAUAAAACAGAAUUGAUGAACUUA